AUGCAUGAAAACAAGACAUUGGUGGCCUAUUUCAUCCUUAAAGGUAUUUCAGAUGUCUCCAAACUCCAAGUUCCAAUCUUCCUCCUGGUUCUUUUCAUCUACCUCAUCACUCUUGGUAGUAACUUGACCAUCCUUCUAUUGGUUUGCCUGGAUUCUAAGCUCCACACCCCCAUGUACUUCUUCCUGGCCAACCUGUCCAUACUUGACAUAUCUUCUGUCACAGUCACCCUACACAAGGUCCUCAUUACUUUUGAAACAGGCUAUAAUAUAGUAUCCUUCACUGACUGCAUGGAACAGGUAUAUAUCUUCUCAUGGCUCUCUGGCAAUGAGUUGAUAUUGCUUACAGCCAUGAGCUAUGACCGUUAUGCUGCCAUCUGCAACCCAUUGCAAUAUUCAACUGUCAUGAGACGUAGCGUCUGUGUUGGUUUGGCCAUAUUUUGCUGGUCAUUUAGUUUUCUACAGAUUCUUCCUGCAAUGAUAUUGCUGUCACAAUUCUCUUGCUACACUUCCAAUAUCAUUAAUCACUUUUUCUGUGACAUUAUGCCCCUAUUAAGUCUUUCAUGCAGUGACACCUCCACUUUGGAACUGCUGAUUUUCACACAGGGGCUCCUGCUUUGCACCUUCAUCCCUUUUCUGCUCACCUUCAUCUCCUAUGUGUUCAUCAUUGCCACCAUCAUGAGAAUUAAGUCUAGUACGGGAAGAUCUAAAGCUUUCUACACAUGCUCGUCGCACGUAACAGUUGUGACACUUCACUACGCGAUCCUUGUCUGUCAAUAUUUUACACCGAGUGGCACCCUUAAGUUUGGUAAACUUUUGUCUUUGUUCAACACAGCUGUGGUUCCCAUGCUGAAUCCCCUCAUUUACAGCUUGAAAAACAAGGAUGUGAAGUCAGCUCUACAACGACAACUCAAGUACUUUACGGCUCUACGCCUAUCAGGAGCAUUCUCAAUGAGAGGAUUCCUAGAUUCCUUUAGAGAAAACUUAUUUUUCAGUUUAUUAAAGUGGAACUUUCAGUAA